UAGGUUUUUUAAAACUUUUAAGUACUCCACAAUUGUCUCCAUAUUGGAAGCUGUUCAAGCAAGCGGACACUGUCCUAAAGAGUCUCUGAUGAUGAGGUAUCCAUCUGGAUUUAAAGCACAUCUCUGAGCUUCUAAGUUCUCCGUUAAAGAGAUGUGUUCUAUAUUCAUAGGAUGCUUUAACACUUUACGACAAAUGUUUCAUCAGAAGCAGUAAUGGAUGUUGGCAUGCCUUGGAUAAGGUGGUGACCGCUGGAUGUCAUUUGUUUCUGUUUGCUGCAGAGAGCCAGAAUUGACUCCAUUUGGAGUUGAGAGAAAAAAAAGCAGUACAGACCUAUCAAGAUGACUGAUCCUAUGAUGGAUUUUUUUGAUGAUGCCAAUCUUUUUAGCGAGACCUUAGAAGGUUUGUCAGAUGAUGCCUUUGUUCAACCUGGACCUGUUUCACUUGUUGAUGAAUUGAAUUUGGGUGCAGAAUUUGAACCUUUGCACAUAGACUCAUUGAACCAUGUGCAAGAUGCUCAAAAUCCACAGAAGAUGAGUGAGUUUGAUCAGCUAAAUCAGUAUGAUUCACUGAAACUUCACUCAGUAAAUCAGUCUUUUAAUAGCUCAGCUGACAACGUCUUAUCACCACACUCUCAGUUCAGUUGUUCACCAAUUCAUCCGCAAAACCAGUCUAAUGGGAUGUUUCCAGAUGUGGCUGAUGGUAGUCCUAUGUGGGGUCAUCAAACUGCCACUACUGUUUCGAAUCAAAAUGGGUCCCCCUUUCACCAAGGACAUUCUCAGUCUAUGCAGCAAAACAAAAGCUUUGUAGCACACCAUGACUUUGCCUUAUUUCAGGCUAAUGAACCGCAGCAUCAGUGUGCCUCGCUAAGGUCGCAACAAAGCAGAAGCAACACGGGGCAAGAUGCUCUGAGUCAGCCAAAAGACUUCAUGGAAGUUAAUGUAUCUACUUCUCACAGAGUCAGUGUUAACCACCCACCUUCAGUUUCUAAUCCAUCAGCUUCACAGCAGCCUCUGUCUGUUCAACAGUUUUCUCAAACUGCAAGUGCUUCAAUACAUUUUUGUGGGAAUCAAGAAGGAAAUUUUGAUGGACAGUCCCCAACCAUUACUCCGUGUUCUGUCAAUAAUAGCCAACAAUUUUCAUCUCCUUAUUCUUACUCUAAUAACCACAUUUCUCCUACCAGCCUUCUUCAGUCUACGACAGCUCUUUCUACUAGCCAGCAGACACACUCUAUCUCUGACUUCACUGGAAGCGAUGCCUUUACAUCUCAAACAGGGACCAAGGAAGAAACAACUGAGCACAUGCUGAAUCCUAGUACACCUUUGAAUUCAAAUAGUUUUCAAAUGUUGCAUUCUGCGCAUCCUCAGGGCAACUUUAGUAGUUCAAAACUCUCUCCUGUGAAUAUUAAUUUUCCAGCUUCUGCUGGUUCUGCUUCUCAGAUAAGCCAUUUCACUGACCCUAUUGAAAGCAACGGUUUUACGUCUUUAGAUGAGAACUUACUUCAUCAAGUUGAGGCUCAUAAUGAACCAUUUACAGGACUUGACCCUGAUGACCUCCUUCAGGGUGACCUUCUGCCACAGUUCGAUGAUUCUGCGUUUGUUCAGGAUAGCACAAGCCAUGUUUUGGAGCAUGACCUAGAACACCAUAUAACCCCACAGCAAGUAACACAGUCGUCUGAUCUUGUUCGGGUACAGUCUCAAAGUCAGAUCCAUCCUUGGCAUUCUUCAGUUUCUAAUCAGCAUCUGCAAGAGAGAGGUCGUGUGACCUUACAAAGACAGGCUGAGGAGGGCAAAGAAGAGGGCACAGCCCAAGUAGCUACUCUUGGCAGAGUAAAGACACCUAAAGACACAUG